GUAAAAGAGUACCCUACAAGAAAUGGAAGCUAAAAGAGUAAGCAAACGGAAGAUAAAACGCCCCAGUUAUCUUCAGAAUUUCCACACAGAAGAUUCUAAGGACAACAAGAGAGAAAAUCAUGAACCUAAGCAGAAUUUGACAAAGAGAAAUCCUGGAAAACUCAAAAUGGAGCUAAAAAUUAAGCCUAAAAGCUCUGUGAAGACUAAAACUAAGCAAGGGGACAGCAAAAAGUUGACUAAAUCAGGAAGCUCAGCUCGUAAUGGGUCUCAAAAGAAGACCAACCAGUCAACCAAAGCACCACUGAUCCAGAAUAUAAAUCAAAGAGAAAAGAGUGGGAAAGCAGAAAAAUAAUGGUCAUGAAGACAUCCACACUGCAUUGGACAACAUUUUAGCAAAGAAAAGAAAUUUUAGCAGUCCUGACUUUGAAGAGGUAAACUCUGGUCUUGAGACCAUUAAAGAGAUGGCUUCUCACUUCAAAAGUGAUAAUAAAGUCAAGAAAUUAGUCCAAUCGGCUUUCUUUGAUGGAGAAUUGUCCUCUGACGAGAGUGAUGAGGACAGUAAAAAGGAAGCAACCAUGGAAGCACAAGAAAUAUCACAAGGCAUUCAGCAGAGGUUAAAAAUACCACCUUUAAACCUCCUUGGCUCUGCUUUUGUGAGCCCACAGAAGCAGAAGAUUCAUGAUGAGGAGAUAUCAAAGUCUCAUAAUGAGCCUUUGCCAGAAGAACCAGAUAGGACUCAUUCUGUGUUUGACUUGCUUCUUCAGAAUAGAAGGAAUAAUCCUUCUCAACAGUACAGUCACACAAACGAUACAUCGAAUUUGCUAGAUAACCAACCUGCAGAGUCUAGCACAAUAAUGGAGAAUAUUCUCACUGAGUAUUUGAUCAACAUGCCUUCCACACUAGAGGAGUUUUAUAAAAUAAUGGGAGAGAUCUACGUCAAAGAGCUUCUAAAGAAUUUUCCACAGAUAAAGACUCCUCAAGAACUAAUGAAGCUCACUAUACUAGGAAAGAGCCCUACUAGCAUUGAUUCCAAUUCAAACAGCUUGCUCAGUAGUCUUCUUCAGAAUAUUUUGAAUCAAAAUAGAAGUCAAGAGGUUAUAAAUCAUGGAACUGAGCAGAGUAUGAAUAGCCGGUUGACUACAGAGAACCAACUUGGAAGUCUUCUAGAGAGACCCUUACCAGACAUCAUGCAGGAAGUGCCAGAGCUUCCUGCUCUAAAUUCUUCCCCUCACAAUUCAAAAUCAGAAAGUGUGAAUGAAGAACUUGUGAAAAUUUCUCCAAAGAGGUCACAGAAACCACAAAGGAAGAGGAUAAAGAAGCAGGAAUCUAAACAAAGAGAGCUAGAGCCUAUGAUAUCCUCCCUCAUGAACCCUAUUCAAGAGCACAUCCCUCUUAUUGAGAGAGCAAAGAGGUUGUUGAGGAAGAGAAAGGCAGAUAAUAAUGGGUCUAUAAUCCCUCAACCUUCUCCAAACCAGGUCUCAGCAAUACUAGAUGAAGAUUUCAAAAAUUGCCAUCUCAAGACAGAAUCCUCAACUGAGAUGACCAUAAAGCAGAUAUUUGAGGAAAUUUAUGACAAGAGCAUCAGUCAUUUAUAAUUUAAUCAUUCAAACACUGGA